AUGACCAUUUUAGCCGCUGUGGCUAAAAAAAUUGAUGUCUUAAUGAUGAAUUCUCCUCAAGGAGUACAUGCGGUUCUAGGAUUGUCUAUGGUGUCUUGUGAUUAUUAUGGUGCUAGCCAUCAAACCAGAGAGUGCAUGAUUAAUACCUCCUCUUCCUCUCAAAGCGAACUUGCAGUUGAAUUAGAUUGGCCUAACAGUUCUCUGCCUGCACCUCCAGUCAAGGCAUAUGUACCACCUAUUCAAUUUCCACAAAGGUUGAGGAGUGCCAAAAAGGACAACCAAUUUUUUAAGUUCCUUGAGGUAUUCAAGAAGUUACAAGCCAAUAUCCCUUUUGCGAAAGCAUUGGAGCAAAUGCCUAGCUAUGCUGAAUUUAUGAAGGAAAUUUUGUCUAAAAACAGGAGGGUGAAAGACUUUGAGAGUAUACAAUUGACGGAGGAGUGCAGCGCAAUAGUGCAACAAAAGCUUCCGAUAAAGCACAGAGACCCAGGAAGUUUCACUAUUCCUUGCACAAUUGGCUCUACAUUGAUUGAGCAAACUCUUUGUGACUUAGGUGCAAGUAUUAAUCUCAUGCCACUCUCCAUCGCCAAGCACAUUGGGUUAGACGAAAUUAGUCCAACCACAAUGUCUUUGCCAAUGGCGGAUCGAUCCAUCAAAUAUCCUUUUGGCAUAAUGGAGAAUAUUUAG